AAAAACUGCGUGCGCAUCGGCAUCGCUAGCAGGAGUGAACCGCCGUUGGUUGGUUGGUUAGCUGAGAUCAGACCGGUUUGCCUCGAGUCUGCAGUGAAUUUGGCUAACAGUUGAGGUUAAUCGGUCAUUGCUGUCCGUUUUCUUUUGUAUUUCUUGUACAAAUCUGCUGUCUUGUUACGUGAAUAUGAGCGACAACGAGAAAGAUUUCAAAGAGGAGCGGGUGAGUUAUGAUUUCUAAGUUAAGUAGAAGAUGGUUGAACAAUGUUGGGCUGCUAGUCGCGUUGCAGGUCUCGUAAAAAAAAACAGGCCUCAAACCUGAGAGAAGACUUGUUAAUGCUUAAAACUCAGAUUCUAUACUUUGUAUGAUUAAAUUUGAACAAAAAACACAUUCUUAUUACACAAAAGGUAGUUAGCGGACCAUGCUAUUUUCUUGUAUUAGUAUAAUGAGUGUUUACAACUAGGGAUGCACCGAUCCGAUGUUUGGAUCGGAUAUCUUUUUCUUUCUUGUAACUAAUAUCAUACACAGCAACACAGCGAUUCGGUUCUCCCUAUAUUCUAUGUCUGUCUAUCCUUUUGCACUAAAUGUUUACACGGAAGUCUUUGCUGUGUGCUAAUGAGCAAUUUGUUACUUUUUAAUAAGUAAUAAGUAAAUUUAUAUCUGUUAAUUUGUUACCUUUUUUUAAACAAGGCUAAUGUAAAGCCUGAUGCCUUCACUCAAAGGGAAAGGUAUAGAGUUCAUUCAUUCAACAUUAGUAUUGGAUCGGUAUUGGAUAUCGGCCGAUACGCUCAGUCCAGGUAUUGAUAUUGGAUUGGAUCGGAAAAAAAUGGAUCGGUGCAUCUCCAUUUACAACAUUAGUGUAGACAUACUGUUAGCUAUUGAUAAAGAUAUUGACAUCCAGUCAAUAUUUGUGUUUUUUGGUUUAAUAUCAACAUGUAGUAGCCUAAGAUUAAUUUUUAAAAUGUGAAUAUGAAAGUGUAAUCAAUGUGAUUUUUCUGGUUUUGCUGUUUUCUUUGUGUUUUUUGGUUCUAACAGAAACCAACAUGCCUUAUCCCCCCCUGUUUGUUCUUUGUUAAGGUUGAGUUUGGAAGAAAGAAAAAGGCGGAAGACGUUUCAGAUGUGAAGUUGUUAAUGUUUGAAGCUGAUGGGGUUGAUGCAUGCUAAUGUAUGGGAUGCUGAAAAGAAGCGGUCAAGAUCUGUCCCCACUACUAGUGUUGUAAUGGCAGAUGGUAAAUGGGGGAAGAGGAGGAAAAAAGAAGUCAUAAUGUCAAAAAGAAGAAAGAAGAAAUGAAGGGGUUGUAUUGAAGUAAUGAAGUAAAAGAAGUAAUGAAGUUAAGAUCAGAAGUUGACCAGGGUAUGAGUAAUUUCCUAACAGUCUGCUAUGUUAUUACUCUAUUUCAUCCUGUUUCUUUCUCUUAAGCAUGCACAAUUUAUUUUCUUCUCUUUAUUGGAACAUCAUUGGUCAAUCUUACAUACAUUGUAGGUUUAAUUUGUUUAAUGAUCUUUCUGUCAGCUAAAUUUAUUUUAAUCUGAAUAUUUGUCAUUUUUGUAUGAUCAGAUUCCAUAAUUUUGAGUGUCUAAUCUGUUAAAGGCCAAAAUGAGGUGCACUCUUGAGAGGAGCAUGUAGCGGGAAAGUGCUGUCACCUCCUGGCCCUCUUGUACAUGUGCUAUGAGCUGUCUCUCAUCUCUUUGUCUUAUCUGUCCAGGAUUCUCGACAUGGCUCUAGGAGCGCGUCCCCUCACGGAUCAGCCAAAUCCACCAGCCGCUCGCCAGCGCGCUCCAAAGGCUCUCGGCGGUCCAGGUCCAGGUCUCGUUCACGAUCUAGAUCAAAGUCUAGGUAAAAGAGGCAGGGUGUGGCUAAAGGACUCAAAGUAUCUGAAGCUUUUAUGCUUGGCUGUCAAGUAGUUUAGCUCAAGUAGUUACACACAGCAAAAGUGAAUAAUAAUACUACUACAUAAUACUGAUAAGGUUUAAGCGCCUUUGUCUCAGUAACAGUGGAUAAAAAAAGUACCUGGCUUAAGUAAGUGUCUCCUUCCAGGUCCCGUUCUCAUCGAAGCUCACGCAGGCACUACUCCCGCUCUCGUUCUCGCUCUCGCAGACGCCGUUCCAGAAGCCGUUCUCGUAGCUGGGAGUACAGGCGGCGUAGGAGCCAUAGCCGCUCCCCUAUGUCAAAUCGUCGCCGACACAUCGGAAACAGGGUAUGUUUACAGUCUCUUCUUGUUUGGUUUUGGGUCGCAGUCGGAGACAAAGUGUCCAUGAAUAUAACAGACCUUUGAUUUCCUCUGUUAUGGAAAGUUUCUACUUCAAACAUCUGAGUUUGUUGCAGUGAUCUUGCAAUUCACUGGUUUACACUCCAUCUUUCUUUCUUUUCCCAGGCUAACCCAGACCCCAACAACUGUCUGGGUGUGUUCGGACUGAGUCUUUACACAACUGAGAGGGAUCUGAGGGACGUUUUCUCUAAAUAUGGUCCUUUAAGUGAUGUCAACAUUGUGUAUGACCAGCAGUCACGUCGCUCAAGAGGCUUUGCUUUUGUCUACUUUGAAAACUUUGAGGACUCCAGGGAGGUAAGAAGGCAGGAUGACUGGCUUAUAGCAUGUCAGUGGUCGUAAAAAAAGUUUAAAAAAAAGGGGGGGGUAAAACUGGUAUCCCUCUGACAUGUUAAAAUUAGUUAAAAUCAUGGGAACAGUUUGACAGACAAAAAUCUCCUCAAACCAGAAUUUCCACUCUGACCUGUUUUGUUGUGGUUUUCAGGCCAAAGAGCGCGCCAAUGGGAUGGAACUCGACGGACGCAGGAUUCGAGUAGACUUCUCAAUCACAAAACGCGCUCAUACUCCCACUCCUGGAAUCUACAUGGGACGUCCAACUUAGUGAGUGUUUGAGAACCAGAGGGCAUGAGUAUUUCCCAGUCACUGUGCUGCAUCUUUACAAAAAUGUGUUUACCUACAGCGGCGGCGGCGGUGGUGGUGGAGGUGGUGGUGGUGGCAGCAGUGGUGGUUCGUCACGACGCACUUCGAGGGACUACGACAGAGGCUAUGACAGAGGCUACGACAGGGGUUAUGAUCGUGAUUACGAUCGCUAUGAUGAACGGGAUUACAGGUCUUACAGGUUUGAUCUUUUGUUAUGAGACAUUGAUCAUGUAUAGCAACAAGAUUAUUGACUGUUUUUAGAGUAAUGUGUUUAAUUUGAGUGCAGUUACAUAGAGCAAAAUACAAGUUGAAACAAGUUGCCAAGUGACUUAAGGUCCUUUCACACCGGGACCGUUUUUGUCGUGCGAUUGUUUCGGACGUCAAUACAAGCGUUCACAUCAGCAACGUUUUCCCGUCCUGCGAUAUUGCAGCAUUUAUUUUUUCGGAUCACAGUCGAUUUUUCUAAAGUUUUGCAUACUGUAUGUCCACUUCUGACCAAUCAGAUAGCGUGUUGUUGCAACGUCUGAUUCACUGGUAUAUCCAACGUGGCCGACCGGCUGAUUGUUUGCAUGUCUGAAAACAGAGUGCUUUACGAUAAAAGACACAAACAUUACAAAGAUAACGACCUGAAGGUCAAUAUAGCAUCGCAUCUCUCAUGUGACGAUGGUUUGUGUGCUUUAACAGUUUGCUAAAUGUCUUUUAUCUGUGCUAACGUAAGCUAAUGGUUGUUACCAUAGUUUCAUGCGCUUAUCUUAUCGCCUCUGAUUGACUAUAAGUGCUGACCAUUUGACUUGAGCGUGUGAUGACGUUUCCAGCUUUCUAGCCAAUCAGAGGCCAAGGAGGUGAGACUUUCCCCUGGAAAAGUCUUCCCCGGGAUGCAUCUUUUCCCCCCUGGAAAGUCGCAAAAUCGCAUCAGGCUUGAUGUGUAUAGUCAGGCACGUCAAAAUUCGCCUCUGAAUAUUAAGUAAUUUCACGUUCUAUAUUCAUGUCAGCUCCGGUGUGUAAGGACCUUUUAAAGUUAAGCGAUUUAUUAAUGUCACUUAUUCAACGGAGAUAAAGUGUUUAUGACUUUGCCGCUCCCCUACAGACGCAGAUCUCCAUCGCCAUACUACAGCAGAGGAUACCGUUCAAGAUCCCGCUCACGAUCCUACUCACCACGUAAGUCUUAACUGUGUUUGAUGAAUAUUAUGAACAUUAAUCUAAAUUAAUUUCUGUUUGGCUCAUACAUAGUGGAGUAGUUUGGAUAAUCCAUAAAACCAUCUGUAAAAAAAACAUGAUUCCCUGAAUAUUAUAAUGACUAUGUUUAUUUAUUUGUUACAGGUCACUACUGAUGAGAGAAGAGUUCCCUGUUGCGGCUUGGGUGCUUGCCUUUUUCCGUUUCCUUUCUUUCCAUGAACGUUCUUUAAAGUAGAUGAUUGGUUAUAUGUAGAAAUAUGGGAUUGUUUAUGUAAUAAACUUUGUAUUGAAAAGGAUGCCUAUGUAAGCACCACACUGUCAGUGGUGGAUUUAACAUGACCAAAUUUAAAAGAAGAAAUAUGAAUAUGUGUGUCCACUCUGCUGACUUAGCAGAAUUGAUUUUACACACAGGAGUUCGCUCUGGCUGUCCAAAUACAAUUUUUCAUCUUGCUGUUUGUAUGAAGCAGGAAUGUUUUUGAAACCACAUUUCUUUUGUUUUUCCAAAUGGUAAAUACUUAUUUGUUAUAUAAGUAUGUGAUAAAAGUUCACUUGGGUCUUUGCUGUGUUGUUGGACAUUGUUUAUGGUCAUGUUGCAUCUUCAUUUAAACAUAAAAAUACAGCAGGUAUUGUACCAUAAAGUUAGGUACUUGGGUUGCAUUUAUUCUGUUGUUUGGUUGUUGUUUCUCCUUUGCCAUGAAAAAGAAUAAAAUAUUACUGCUCAGACUUGAUGCAAGAA